CAGUGGCAUGGAAGCUUUCAGGAGUUGGUUGAUUCUGGCUGUAUUUUGCAAUUUUUGUGAAAGAAUUAUACCAUGUGGCCUGUCAACACACAUUGAAAUAGCUCAUAGAGCAUUGGAAUUUUUCAGCCAGCAAGAUGGACAAGUUGACUAUCGUAAGCUAAUACUAGCUCACCAAGAUGCAUAUCAAGCAGGAAGUCUGUAUCCUGAUGCUUUUUAUUCUGGCCUCUGCCAAAAUGGAUUGUUCCAUUAUGUUUCUGAAGAUACUCACUGGUCACCUUUCCUCAACACAAGUAUCCAUUACAUCAGAAAGAACUAUCCGCAGCCAUGGGAAGAGGCUACAGAGAAGCUGGUGGCUUUUCUCUUUGGGAUUGUCUCACACAUGGUGGCAGAUGUAAGCUGGCACAGCUUAGGAAUUGAACAAGGAUUUCUACGGGCCAUGGCAGCUAUUGAUUUUCAUGGCUCAUAUUCACAAGCUCAUUCUACUGGCGAUUUUGGGGGAGAUGUGUUAAGCCAAUAUGAACUUGAUUUUGAUUACUUGAAAGCAAGCUGGUAUGUACCUGUUAAAGAUUUACUGUCAAUCUAUCAGGAUUAUUAUGGAAAGGAGGUGAUAACUCAAAAUACAAUUGUUGACUGCACGUAUAUGCAACUCCUUGAUCUCUAUGGCGAGAUCAUCGCUAUUGCCAACCUUUAUCCCAUAUAUGCCAAUAAAUCCCCAUUUUUAGUGGACAAGUUCUAUGACUAUUUCCUUGGCGGAGUGGAUGAUAUGGCAUUUUCAUCGAAUAAUAUUUUACAGUUAACCAGUUGGAUGUUAAACUAUGGGACUAGUGGCUGCUUUAUUCCUGAGAAUCCUUUGUUUAUACGGUGUGAAGAUGAACAGAGAAACUUUUCUGUAUUUAAAGAAUCCAGAACUCAGUACCACAGGAAGAUAAGUUCUGAAGUGGCCAAAUCAGUUGAAAAGAAUAUCAGUUAUACAGAAAGAGGAGUUUAUUUAAAAGUUCCCCUUUGGACAAUGAAUUAUCUUCAGUUCCAAAAUAGUGACACAACAAAGAGUUCGAUGGCAGUCCCACAGCAACACUCAUCUAAAUACAUCACCAAGCCCAGUGCUUCAUAUUUUCUGAAAACUCCAUAUGCAAAACUUGGAUCGGCUAUGACUUCAGCUGACCUAAAUCAGGAUGGAUACGAUGACCUGGUGGUUGGGGCACCAGGUUACAGCCUGCUUGGACACAUUCAGUUGGGACGUGUCUAUAUUGUUUAUGGCAAUGAAUCAGGUUUGCCUCAUUCCAACCUGGACCUUGAUCAAGAAGCAGAUGAAAUACUAGAAGGCACUAAGCCUUCAGGAAGAUUUGGUUCUGCCAUAGCAAUUUUGGACUUCAAUGUGGAUGGAAUAUUGGAUCUUGCAAUAGGAGCCCCAUCAGUAGGAUCCCGAGAGCUUAGUUACACGGGUUCUGUAUACAUAUUUCUUGGCAACAGAGGAGGAGGUUUCCACAGCCUUCCAAAUAUUACAAUAAUUUGUCAAGAAAUAUAUUGUAAUCUAGGCUGGUCCCUGCUGACAGCUGAUGUUGACAGGAAUGGAAAUAAUGACCUUGUGCUUGGUUCCCCAUAUGCACCUGCUGGUGGAAUACAAAGAGGAUUUGUGGCUUCUUUUUAUUCUUCCUCUUACAGAAGUGGGCAAAGCCUGCUAUUUGUAUCAGAUGCUGACUGGAUGGUAAAAGGAGAAACAAAUUAUGCUUGGUUUGGCUCAUCACUCAGCAGUAUCCAGCUCCCAAAUAAAAUCUUGCUGCUUAUUGGAAGUCCUUUUGGGAGAAAUUGUACAAGCCUAGGGUGUCAUUUAUCCGAAAACAACAGGCAAGCUGUUGGAAUGGUAUAUGGCUAUAUCCCACCAAAUACCCAAACCUGGUUCACUUUAAGUGGGGAUGAUGAAAAUGGGAAAUUUGGUUCAGCUUUGGCAACCGGUUUCCUUUCCAUAGAAGGACUCUCCAAGCAAGUACUGAUAGUUGGUGCACCGACACAAGACAGUGUCUUCAGGAUUUCAUUUAUAUCCUCUACACUACACCAAGCAGGAAGUGUUUUGAUAUAUGACUUGAUGGAAAAUGGCAAGCCUUCUAUACUUAGCACAUUCAAUGGAGAUAGGAGAUUUUCACGCUUUGGAGAAGAGGUGCACUUACGGGAUCUGAACAACGAUGGACUUGAUGAAAUUAUUGUAUCAUCACCUCUUCGAAAUGAAAAAAAUAUGGGUGGAUUGUUUGGAAAACAAGUUGGAUAUAUUUAUAUAUACAGUGGAAACCAGACCACUUCGGGUCAUGUGACAGACCACUGCAAAUCAUGGACUUCCCCUUGUCCUGAAGACUGGGUAAAGUAUGACAUUGGUGGCUAUAUAUUCUCAUUGCAGGAAAAAUCAAGAUUUGGGAGUGCUCUUCUUACAAUAAAAACUGGAAAAAAGAGUGAAGUUGUUGUAGCUGCUGAAAGAAGUUCAACUGGAGCCCGACUUAGUGGAAGGCUUUUUCUUUACACCUUCUGAUUAUCAUUUUGUGUUUCAAAGAACCUCUUCAAUGAAGUAAUCCUGAGUUUUGUGCACCAGUAAUUCCUGCAUAGCAAAUCUGCUCCUGACUUAGUAUGUGAACAAUACUAAACCUUUUAAGAAGUUAAUCAUGCCUCUUAAAAUUAGUGUAUUUUUUUAAGAUAUUCAUGUUAAAUGGAAUAAUGAGAGGAAGUUUUUCUAAAUCUUUUGCAGCUUUUGGUCAUUAGCUAUUUUAACAGUUGCAUGACAACAGAUAUAGUCUUAUUUUUAAAAAAAUUAUUCCAACAGACUUGGAUUUGGUAUAUUGGAGAACAAAGCCAAGAAGAAUCCUAAAUGUUGAGUUAACAGCAUCAAUAAAACAUUUUUUCUCUUUAUCUCUAUUAUUAUAACUUUAUACAUUAUUAAGUAGUGUAACAAUACUUCUAUAAAUAAAUGAGUUGAGGCUCC